AUGCAAAAAGUUACGUGGGAAGAAGUCGGAGCCGCUCCAAACGCCAUUCUGUCGCCAGCGUACAAGAGCAAUGGCCAUGUGUUCACCUCUGGAAGUGUCGGGUUCGCUCCAGACGGCACGGUUCCUGAGGACGUCGCGGUGCAGACCAAGUACGCCAUCGAGGCCCUAGAGAAGGUGCUGAAGAGUUCUGGCUCGUCGCUCGACAAGGUGCUCAAGGUUCUGCUGUUCAUUGCCAACCCGCUCGAUGCCCCAGCGGUCAAUGCCGUUUACAAGGAGUACUUCAAGCACCAGCCAGCCAGAUCGUGUGUCGUUGUCCAAUUCCCCGACGCCAGACUCAAGGUUGAGUUGGAGUGUGUUGCUGUUCCAUUCAUAUCCCGCGAGCAAAUAGUUACUCGUUAUACAAUACCAUCGAAGCACCAUCGUAUCUGGCACAUUCCUGCUCUCUACUCUAGGCCAAGUUCAGUUAAAAGCUCGACAAUGCGAGCAAUGCUUUUGGGCUGGUAA